AUGGCGGACUUGUGGAGUGAUGUCUGCGUGCAGUGCAGGUUACUCCUCACGCAGGUCCCUCUACAUAUUCUCGUCGUUACUCUAUUGACGACAUUUGUGGGAUUCUCUAUCCUCUUCUACCUCUUCGUUUUCAUCGUCGCCCCUGUCCCGCGACCCCCAUUCCCGCAGGAAAAGAAAUACCGAACAAUCGCGAAAGACGGCUCGAUUACGACUCCCGAGACAUUACCUUGUUGGUGCGAUCCCGUUCCCGACUCAUCUGUGAUUGAAAAGGCGGAUGUGUUCAUGUCGGUUGUUGUUCCGGCUUAUAACGAGGAGGAUCGGUUGGGGGGGAUGUUGGAGGAGGCGGUUGAGUAUCUGGAUGGAAGGUAUGGGGUGUCGGUGUCAUCUGGGGAGGAAGGGACAGUUCGACAGCGCAAGGGGAAGAGUGAGAGUGAAAAGGAACAAGGAUGGGAGAUUAUCGUCGUCUCGGAUGGGUCGAAGGAUAAAACUGAAGAGGUGGCGUUUGGGUUUGCGCGGGAUCAUGGGCUCGCGCCUGGUGCGAUUCGGGUGGUGACGCUAAGCCAGAAUCGUGGGAAGGGAGGCGCGGUCACGCAUGGUAUGAGACAUGUUCGGGGGCAGUAUGUGGUGUUUGCGGAUGCGGAUGGGGCGAGUCGAUUUGAGGAUUUGGGGAAGCUGGUUACGGUUUGUGGGGAGAUUGAGGAUGGAGAGGGUCGUGGAGUGGCUGUUGGAUCGAGGGCUCAUAUGGUUGGCAGUGAAGCUGUUGUCAAGCGAUCCAAACUGCGCAACUUCCUGAUGCAUUCCUUCCAUCUGAUCCUCCGGAUUCUGACUCCGCGCAAAACCGCCACGAUCAAAGAUACCCAAUGCGGCUUUAAGCUGUUCUCGCGCGGGUCGCUGCCCUACAUCAUUCCCUACAUGCACUCGGAGGGCUGGAUUUUCGACGUGGAAAUGCUCAUGCUGGCUGAAUUCGCCGGGAUCCCCGUGGCAGAAGUGCCGGUGGGAUGGCGAGAGGUCAAGGGGAGCAAGUUGAAUGUGCUGCGUGAUAGUAUCGGGAUGGCUUGGGGGCUGGCGAUCCUUCGAGCGGCGUGGUCUAUAGGGGUGUAUAGGACGUGA